GUAUUGCAUGCAGCUUGAUAAGAGCUAAUGCGGAUAAAGAACGCAAAAGCCCUUGCUGCGGGAGUGACAGCGACAGCAGCCGACUGGAGCUUGAUGGAAUAUAUAUGACCAACUUGACUGAUUGAUUGAUUGACUGACCGGAUUGACACCUUCGAUUACAACAAGCUAGCUCAAGCAAGAUACAAAAUGCCGUUGACUUUUUGCCCCAAUUGCAGCAAUGCCCUCACGAUCUCACGCGCAGAUCCGACAACGAGACAUCCCCUCGGCGUCAACCGGUUCGAGUGUCGCACCUGUCCCUACCAGUACAUCCUCGACCAGAGCUUCUUCGAGAAGACGCCCAUGAAACAAAAGGAAGUGGAGGAUGUCUUUGGCGGCAAGGAGGAGUUUGCCAACGCCGACAGCAUGGCCACUCAAUGUCCGUCGGAAAACUGCAAUGGCGACCGUGCAUACUUCUUCCAGCUGCAGAUUCGAAGUGCGGACGAACCGAUGACUACAUUUUUGAAGUGUACCACGUGCGGUGCCAGAUGGAGAGAAAACUAAACCUUUCUUUCUCUUUUUCUUUUGUUUACUCUAUUGGUUUUUCUCAUAUGUUGUUAUGCUGCCUGGGUGCCUUG